UGUAAAGAAAACGGAAUAUUUCUCUCUCACAUCUGUUGGAGUGCAUUUGUGAUACUUACCCCAAGUUCAACGUAAAACAUGUCUGGCCGCGGCAAAGGUGGAAAAGCCAAGGGAAAGGCAAAGUCUCGUUCGAACAGAGCUGGCCUGCAAUUCCCUGUUGGUCGUAUUCAUAGGCUUCUUCGUAAAGGAAAUUACGCCGAGCGCGUCGGUGCUGGGGCACCUGUAUACUUGGCGGCCGUUAUGGAAUACUUGGCGGCUGAAGUACUAGAAUUGGCGGGAAAUGCCGCUCGUGAUAACAAGAAGACGAGAAUUAUUCCACGGCAUCUUCAGCUCGCCAUCCGUAAUGAUGAAGAAUUGAAUAAAUUGCUUUCUGGUGUUACCAUCGCUCAAGGUGGUGUCUUACCGAAUAUCCAAGCAGUCCUGUUGCCUAAGAAGACUGAAAAGAAGGCUUAAUGAUAUACACGUCAUUAUAAAUGGUCCUUUUUAGGGCCACAAAAUA